CACAAGCAGAAAUAUCUCAGAAGGACAUCUAAUGGUAUCCCAGGAUUCUGAAAUAACAGAUAAUGACAGUAGACAGGAUUCUCCAGAAGAUAAUCCCAUUACCCCAAUUAUACAUCCAGCUCUAUCAGCUGAUCCCCCUGAUUCUGGGAAAUGUUCUCCUGAUCACUCUGAUAUUGGUGCAUCUGUUACAGCUCUGACAGUAGAUACAGAGUUUCCCUGUUCUGUAGAUGCCAAAUGUUUUACACAGAACACAAAGCUUAUUACCCAUCAUCCAGCUAAGGCAGGUGAGAUGCCACUGAUAUGUUCUGAAUGUGGGAAAUGUUUUGCAUGCAACUCAAAUCUUGCUACACAUCAGAGAAGUCACUCAGGUGAGAAGCUGUUUUCCUGUUCUGAGUGUGGAAAAUGUUUUGCACUUAAAUCAGUUCUUGUUACACAUCAGAGAAGUCACACAGGUGAGAAGCCGUUUUCCUGUUCUGAGUGUGGGAAAUGUUUUACACAGAAAUCAGCUCUUGUUACACAUCAGAGUAGUCACACAGGUGAGAAGCCAUGUUCCUGUUCUGAGUGUAGGAAAUGUUUUCCACGGAAAUCAGCUCUUGUUGCACAUCAGAGAAGUCACUCAGGUGAGAAGUUGUUUUCCUGUUCUGAGUGUGGGAAAUGUUUCGCAUUUAAAUCAGUUCUUGUUAGACAUCAGAGAAGUCACUCAGGUGAGAAGCCGUUUUCCUGUUCUGAGUGUGGGAAAUGUUUUGCAUUCAAAUCACAUUUUGAUAUUCAUCAGCAUACUCACACAGAUGAGAAGCCGUAUUCCUGUUCUGAGUGUAGGAAAUGUUUUGCACGGAAAUCAGAUCUUGUUACACAUCAGAGAAGUCACACAGGUGAGAAGCCGUUUUCCUGUUCUGAGUGUGGGAAAUGUUUUGCAUUCAAAUCACAUUUUGUUAUUCAUCAGCAUACUCACACAGGUGAAAAGCCAUUUCCAUGUUCUGAGUGUGGGAAAUGUUUUGCACGGAAAUCAGAUCUUGUUAAACAUCAGAGAAGUCACACAGGUGAGAAGCCGUAUUCCUGUUCUGAGUGUGGGAAAUGUUUUAUACAGAAAUCAGUUCUCGUUACACAUCAGAGUAGUCACACAGGUGAGAAGCCAUUUUCCUGUUCUGAGUGUAGGAAAUGUUUUCCACGGAAAUCAGAUCUUGUUGCACAUCAGAGAAGUCACACAGGUGAGAGGCCAUUUCCAUGUUAUGAGUGUGGGAAAUGUUUUACACAUAAAUCAGCUCUUGUUAGACAUCAGAGAAGUCACACAGGUGAGAAGCCAUACUUCUGUUCUGAGUGUGGGAAAUGUUUUGCACGGAAAUCACAUCUUGUUCUACAUCAGAGAAGUCACACAGGUGUGAAGCCGUAUUCCUGUUCUGUGUGUGGGAAAUGUUUUCCACAGAAAUCAGUUCUUGUUACACAUCAGAGAAGUCACACAGGUGAGAAGCCGUAUUCCUGUUCUGUGUGUGGGAAAUGUUUUACACAGAAAUCAGCUCUUGUUACACAUCAGAGAAGUCACACAGGUGAGAAGCCGUUUUCCUGUUCUGAGUGUGGGAAAUGUUUUGCAUUCAAAUCACAUUUUGUUAUUCAUCAGCAUACUCACACAGGUGAAAAGCCAUUUCCAUGUUCUGAGUGUGGGAAAUGUUUUGCACGGAAAUCAGAUCUUGUUAAACAUCAGAGAAGUCACACAGGUGAGAAGCCGUAUUCC